CUCAAGUUCAGUAGAGGACUGAGCCCCAACCAUGUAUGUGACCCCUAUUGUCCUGUCCGUGCUCUGCACUGCUGUCUGCCUAUGGGAAGUAUCUGCUGCCCCCCACAAUGUCACCGCCACCCUGGUCUUCAAAGUCAGCAACAAGACACAGAGCAGGAUCCCCACCAGAACUCCAGGAGCCAAUGGGACCGCACAGCCCACUGUGUAUGUCAGUGAGGACCUGGAGGAACCAGUCCCUAAGGACCGAAGGCUGAGGCUGUCUGAGGAAAAUCCUGCAGACAAGAAAGCAAAGCUGGCGAAAAAAAAGGUUAAAAUAGUCAAAACGGUGAAAGUCGUGAAGAAGGUGAAGGAGGAAAAGACCAGUACGGCAGCAGGAGGAAAUCUGGAAGAACAUUGUCCCCCAUUGGGAUUGGAGUCUUUGAGGGUGUCCGACCACCAGCUGAGGGCUUCCAGUAUAAAACGUUAUGGGCUGGGUUCUCACCGAGGACGUCUAAACAUACAGUCUGGGAUCUACGAUGAUGAUUUCUAUGAUGGUGCUUGGUGCGCUGGGGAGGAGAACAAAAACCAGUGGCUAGAGGUGGAUGCCAGGCGGCUCACACGCUUCACGGGAGUCAUCACUCAAGGGAAGAACUCAAUAUGGACGGAUGACUGGGUGACAUCUUACAAAGUGCAGGUCAGCAAUGAUACCCACACGUGGACGACCUGCAAAAAUGGCACAGAAGUUGUGAUUUUUAAAGCCAAUAAGGACCCUGACACCCCAGUGCUGAACAAACUGCCCACCCCAAUGGUUGGACGAUACAUCAGGAUUAACCCACAGACUUGGUUCGAAAAUGGUACCAUCUGCUUGAGAGCAGAGAUUCUGGGAUGCCCUCUUCCAGAUCCAAACACUGUUUUCAUGUGGGAACAGGCACCACAGCCGACCGACAAGCUAGAGUUUAAACACCACAACUACAAGGAGAUGCGUAAGCUGAUGAAGAGGGUCAAUGAGGACUGUCCAAAUAUCACGCGUGUCUACAGCAUCGGCAAGAGCUACCUUGGGCUCAAGAUGUAUGUGAUGGAGAUAUCAGACAACCCAGGACAGCACGAGCUGGGGGAGCCCGAGUUUCGCUAUGUGGCCGGGAUGCACGGCAAUGAGGUGGUGGGUCGAGAGCUGAUGUUGAACCUUAUGGAAUAUCUGUGUCAGGAGUACAAGAAGGAAAACCCAAGAGUCAUGAGACUUAUUACAGAGACUCGAAUACAUCUCCUGCCCUCUAUGAACCCAGAUGGAUAUGAAAUGGCCUACAAACUGGGCUCCGAGUUGUCAGGCUGGGGCAUCGGCCGCUGGAAUUACCAAGGACUCGAUUUAAACCAUAACUUUGCUGAUCUGAACACCCCACUGUGGGAAGCAGAAGACAAUGAUCAGGUCCCGGAGCACUACCCCAAUCAUUACCUACCAAUCCCUGAGUACUACACCAUGGAAAAUGCAACAGUGGCUCCAGAGACCCGCGCCAUCAUUGACUGGAUGCAGAAAAUACCAUUUGUCCUCAGUGCCAAUAUGCAUGGUGGAGAGCUUGUGGUGUCCUAUCCAUUUGACAUGGCUCGCUCCUACUGGAUGGCCAAGGAACUGACCCCUACACCAGAUGAUGCCAUGUUCCGCUGGCUAGCCACAGCCUAUGCCACCAGUCACCGUGUCAUGGCCGAGGACAACCGCAGGAUCUGCCACUAUGAUAACUUCAUCAGGGUCGGAAACAUCAUCAAUGGAGCAAACUGGCACACGGUGGCAGGAAGUAUGAACGACUUCAGCUACCUUCACACCAACUGCUUCGAAAUAACAGUGGAGCUGUCCUGCGAUAAAUUCCCUCAUGAGGUGGAACUUCCUACUGAGUGGGAGAAUAACAAGGAGGCUCUGCUUCUCUACAUGGAGCAGGUGCAUCGUGGGAUAAAAGGUGUUGUGCGUGACAAGGAUACCAACCAAGGAGUCCCUGAGGCUGUCAUAGUGGUGGAUGGUCUCAACCAUGAUAUCCGUACAGCUGUUGAUGGAGAUUACUGGCGUCUUCUAAACCCAGGAGAAUAUGAAGUCACAGCAAAAGCUGAGGGAUAUCACCCCUCAACUAAGUCCUGCCGAGUCUCCUAUGAAGACCGCCCUACAAUCUGUGAUUUCUACAUUUCCAAGACUCCAAAGCAACGCCUUAAGGAGCUGUUGGCCAAUGGAAAGAAGCUUCCCAAAGAGCUACUGUUACGUCUCCGUGCAUUGAGGAACCGCAAGCUGAAGUCUACAAGUCCCAAGUGAACAGCUGAAAAGCACAAACCAGCGACAAAAAACACAAAACAAAAGGAGAGGAAAGAGCUGAGUCCGACAACAUAACAAAUCCAAGUUUUCCCUCCAACUGAUAUAAUCUUCACGUCUUAUUUUUCCCACUGUAGAACUGGGAAUGCUGGAAAACCGUUUCAAACAUUUAUCAUAGAAAAGCUGCUAUAUGCUUAAUGCAAGUCAGGAGGAUCAAGUCCUGGAGGUCAUAUUAAAUAGAGCUGAGAUUGCAGCAUAGGGUUGACUUUUCAAGGCUAAAAUGUCCCAAACACUUCAAUCUGGUAAAAUGUCGUCUUCGAAGAUGCAUCAGUAGAAAGAGACCCUAAGAGUGUUCUCUCCACAUCGUAAGUGGCGAUGAUGUCCACCAGAUGAUGUUGGGAAACGGUUUUAAUUGGCCUAGUAUUUUUUGAACCAUCUUUAAGCCUAUCUCCAUUUGCUCCACAAUGCCCAACCUCAUGAUCAGCCUACAGACCUUACUUUCCCUUUUUUUCUUGCUAAUUUUUUUACUGAAGCGUCAAAAUUAUUUUUACAAUGUUCUCCACCUUUCCUGGUAGAAAGGAACUACAUACGUUUGUGCAGCCUGGAAAGGCAGUCCAGCCUUGAAGCUAGGCUUUAAAGGGGUACU